AUGAGAAUUUUACCAGUCCAAUAAGAGCUUUUCAGAAUAUCCUCAAACAUUACGUAUCUGCAUAAUCAUGGCUCCCUCCACCAAUGACUCUCCCGUUGGCAUUUCCACAUCACCAUACGCCUGCAAAGUAGGCAUCAACGGCUUUGGCCGGAUAGGUCGCAAUCUCCUCCGCGCAUCCCUCGUCCGCUCAGAUAUUCAGGUAGUCGCCAUCAAUCACACCUGCGUCACAGUUGAAGACCUUAUCUACCUCAUCCGAUACGAUUCCUCUAUGGGAGAUCUUGAUGAAGAUACAACCAUCCAAAUAAUAUCCGAAAACCGUAUCAUCAUAGACGGCGCCCCCAUUACUCUAACCUCUGAGCGCGACCUCAAGAAACUCAAAUGGGAUGCUCUGGGCGUCGACUAUGUACUGGAAUGCACAGGCAAAUUCACAAAGUCCCACCAAGCUAUGGAUCAUAUCACCUAUGGACAAGCAAAGCGAGUCUUGAUCUCUGCACCCUCUGAUUCGCCUACCUUCGUCUAUGGCGUCAACUCGGAUUUGUACCGUCCUACCCAGGAGAACCUGGUCGUUUCUAAUGCGAGCUGCACGACGAACUGCGUUACGCCGGUAUUGAAGGUGCUUCAUGAGAACUUUGGUGUAGCUCAGGGAUUCUUGACGACCAUUCAUGCUGCAACUCGUUCUCAGCAAGUUUUGGAUGGGUAUAGCAAGAAGAACCGUCGACUUGGUCGUGGCGUCUUCAACAACAUUAUCCCUACCACUACUGGCGCUGCGAAAGCAGUUGCUUCAGUGCUGCCCGAGCUAAGCGGCAAGGUGACGGGUGUAUCAAUCCGUGUUCCGACACCCAAUGUCUCGAUGAUUGACCUUACAAUUAGCACCGAGAAGCCCACCUCUCUUUCAGAGAUUCUUUCUACCUUCCGCGUCGCAUCCAAGUCUAGCAUGGCUGGUGUGUUGAGGGUUACAGAUGAGGAGCUCAUCAGCACCGACUACAAUGGAAGCCCGUAUAGCGCUAUUAUUGAUGCACCUGCAUGUACUGAGUUAAAUCCUCAGUUCUUCAAAAUCAUGGCGUGGUACGAUAACGAGUGGGGUUACUCAAAUCGCCUGCUGGAUCUGGCGACACAUGUCCACGCUGCUCAGAACAUGUCUUGA